AAGUUGAAAUCAGCGAAUUUUGACUUCCCCCCCAAAAAAACUACUUGAACCGAUUAAUCGAUUAUCAAAAUAGUUGGCGAUUAAUUAACUAGAUUCGAUAAUGUGGAGGUUUCACUUCAAAGAUGAAGGUCUGCUGCUGUCGUCCGGGUUCCAUAGUUAAUAAUUACACUUUCUGUUCCAGUGCCACGUGAACUUAUUUUAGUUGGGGCCUGUUAACCUCCGUCGGCUUGUCGUCGAAGCAAAUGUUGACGGAUUAGCGUUUGAACUCAUCCUUGUUGGGGAGCUUGAGCGCAGCAGUUAUUCAGACUUUAAUUAAAGGGGUGACUUGGAUCUUCUCUGGAUAUUUAUAACAAUUCUGCUCUUUGUCAGUGACCUUCAGCUUCUUGACGCGGCCACACAGCCGCUGCGGCUAAAUGAAAUAUAUAUCCCACUGGCAACUGGCUCACUCGGUUCCUCCCACAGACCAGGCCGAUUGGAUGUAGGAAAACCUCUCAUGAGGUUCGUCGCUGGGCCGAGCGAGAGGUGCGAAGCUCUCUGGCGUCUUAUCCGUCCGUCCAGCUGAGGUCUCCGAGGGCUGCUCCGACUUCCUGUCCAAGUGCACUGCUCGAUAACAAAGAUGUCAGUGUGCAGAGUGGUUUUCACAUUAUCCCCAGGGUGUCGAACGUCGUGCCGGAGAGCUGCCUGCUCAUCGUCGUCGGCCUGCUGAUCGGCGGCAUCAUCAAGGCCAUCGGGGAGAAGGCCCCCAUGCUGGACUCCAAGCUCUUCUUCCUCUACCUGCUGCCUCCCAUCAUCCUCGAUGCCGGCUACUUCCUGCCCAUCCGGCCCUUCACGGAGAACAUGGGCACCAUCCUGGUGUUCGCCGUGGUCGGCACGCUGUGGAACACCUUCUUCGUCGGCGGGAUGAUGUACGCCGUGUGCCAGAUCGAAGGGGCCCAGCUGGGCGGCGUGGACCUGCUCUCCUGCCUGCUGUUCGGCUCCAUCAUCUCGGCCGUGGACCCCGUGGCCGUCCUGGCCGUGUUCGAGGAGAUCCACAUCAACGAGCUGCUGCACAUCCUCGUGUUCGGGGAGUCGCUCCUCAACGACGCCGUCACCGUGGUUCUGUAUCACCUGUUCGAGGAGUUUUCACACGCAGACACCGUCACCGUGGGCGACGCCCUCCUCGGCGUCGUCUGUUUCUUCGUGGUCUCCCUGGGAGGCAUCAUGGUCGGCGCCAUCUACGGCCUCCUGGGCGCCUUCACGUCGCGCUUCACCUCUCACACGCGGGUCAUCGAGCCCCUGUUCGUCUUCCUCUACAGCUACAUGGCCUACCUCUCUGCGGAGGUCUUCCACCUGUCGGGGAUCAUGUCUUUGAUCGCGUGCGGCGUGAUGAUGCGGCCGUACGUGGAGGCCAACAUCUCCCACAAGUCCUACACCACCGUCAAGUACUUCAUGAAGAUGUGGAGCAGCGUGAGCGAGACGCUCAUCUUCAUCUUCCUCGGCGUUUCCACGGUGGCCGGUCCGCACGCCUGGAACUGGACCUUCGUCAUUUUCACCGUCAUCCUCUGUUUGGUGUCGCGGGUGCUGGGAGUCAUCGGCCUCACGUACGUCAUCAAUAAGUUUCGUAUCGUGAAGUUGACCAAGAAGGACCAGUUCAUCGUGGCCUACGGUGGCCUGCGAGGGGCCAUCGCCUUCUCCCUGGGGUUCCUGCUGACCAACAGCCAGUUGAAGAACAUGUUCCUCACCGCCAUCAUCACCGUCAUCUUCUUCACCGUCUUUGUGCAGGGAAUGACGAUCCGGCCUCUGGUGGAGCUUCUGGCAGUGAAGAAGAAGAAGGAGAGCAAAAGAUCGAUCAACGAGGAGAUUCACACGCAGUUCCUGGAUCAUCUCCUCACAGGGAUUGAAGACAUCUGUGGUCACUAUGGACACCAUCACUGGAAAGACAAGCUGAACCGCUUCAACAAGGCGUACGUGAAGAGGUGGCUGAUCGCGGGCGAACGCUCCACCGAGCCUCAGCUCAUCUCCUUCUACAACAAGAUGGAGAUGAAGCAGGCCAUGAUGCUGGUGGAGAGCGGGAGCGCCGCCAAGCUGCCCGCCAUCGUGUCGUCCAUGCAGAACAUCCAGCCGAGGGGUCCGGCCAGACCGCGGGCGAUACCGAGCAUCUCCAAGAGUCGCGAGCAAGAGAUCCGGAAGAUCCUGCGAGCCAACCUGCAGAAGACCAGACAGAGGCUUCGCUCCUACAGCCGACACGACCUGCUGAUCGACCCGUUUGAGGACGGUCUGAGUGAGGUUCGCUUCAGGAGGCAGCGGGUGGAGAUGGAGAGGAGGAUGAGUCACUACCUCACAGUUCCUGCAAACCGCCAGGAAAUACCGUCUGUGCGAAAAGUCUGCUUUGAGCCAGAACACCAAGUUUACACUUAUGACACUGACGGCGAGAGCCUCAGAGGCCGGAGGGCGUCUCACUCACAUCCCAGCGCUUCUGACGCCGCCGGCCUCGUGAACGAAUCCACCCGGAGGCCCGACCAGAGCGGCGCUGCUGAGCCGAGGGCGAAGGUGCCAGACGACCAGGAGGACCAGGACCAACUGACACUAUCACGCUGCCUCAGCGACCCCGGUCCGAACAAGGACGAGGAGGGGGGCGGCUCCUUCCUCUCCUGAUGAAGCACAUAUUUAUUCACAGUUCUUGGAACAGAAGACAUUUGAAGUGAGGAUCCCUGGAUGAACGGACGUGGAGGCAAAGCUCAUGUCGUGUUGUGUUAUGGGGUCGUGCUUAUUGUUUUUUGAUUCAUUUUUCAAUGCCUUUUUCAUGUGUUACGAUUUUAUCAAACUUAUUACCAAAGCAUGAACCACCGGUCGCCAUUUCAGGAUUAUUUGACUGAAGUGAGAUACAUUUUGUGUCUUCACGUGCACAAAAAAAAAGGAUAAAAGCACUUGUUUCUUCAAACUUACCACUUCAAAGCACAGAAUGCCAUAAAAUAGAUCCUAACCUAUAACUCACCUGGCUUGAUAUUGUCUUAUCACACAUAUAUCAGUGUUGGCCAAAAAAAGGAGAAAGAAUUUACAUAACAGAAGUGCGUUGUUUGAGGUCAUUCAGAAAGAGCUCCUCCGAUCCGAUCCAUGAAAGUUUGUUCGAACAUUCACGGAGGAUCACAAGUGAAUCGUCUCGGGAACUACUCGAUGGACUAGCGUGAUUCGGUUCAGACCGCAGAAUGCAAAUAAAGAUGGACAGCGCAUCGCAGAUGUAAUAAAACGGAUACAGGCGCCGCCAUCUUGUGCGCUUGAUGUCAAAAUGGAGCCAGGGGCUGUGCGGUAGUGGUCGUGGUGUGCAGCCGCGGCGGUAUCGAGGCCCCGCUGAUACACUCGCUCGACCGAUCACGAGUUAGUAUCAGCUGUAAUUCCUGUUUCACCUCGUGUUUUUGUAGCAUCAACUGACUGAUUAAAAGCAAACUUACUGGAAAAACUGACACUUGAACAAGCAUCAGUGUGAUAAGGACUACCAAAAAUGACAGAAAGCAUCUUUGGGGAUGGUGUUAUUAGAUCUGCUUACAUGGGGGACGCAGAGUUUAUGACCCAUAUUGCAGCCAGCCACCACAUUUCAACGUAUCCCUUUGGUGUGUGACCGAAUCCCUGCAUCAGUCAAACACAUUCCCAUCAGGCUCGAAGCUAGAGACUCUUCAACUGUAAAAAUGUGCUGCUCUGUACACAUCUUGGUCCAAAUGAUUUGACAUACCAAAAUCAACUUAAAGGAAUUAUCGUCAGUGAUGAUUGCGUGUAAAAAGAAACUCCACCCACAUGUCAUUUCAUUUUUAAAUCUCUUAAAUGUCAACGUUGUUGGUUUCUGCCUCAAAAAAACACCUACUGGUCAGAAGAUACUAUGAAGUAGAGAAUACCACAAUAGGGUCUAAACCAAUUUUCAAUUUAACCAAACAAAUCUGUUGAUCUAAGAAUGUUACAAUGAUUAAAAAAAGUCGAGGAUGAACUGCAAAUAUUGUCUGACCGACAUCUGUGAACCAGCUUGGCACCGUGUUUGUCUUUCUAGUCGUUGCUGCAUGGCCGAGCAGUGUUUUCUCAGGGACCGCGACGUGUUGCGGUGUGAACAGAUGCCCACUGGCGAAAAGAAAAAAUAAUCCGCUUCCUGUCUGUCUGUCAAAGUGUGCUCCACCACGGCGACUCCUUUGUGUUGUGUGACUGUUUCGCAAGUGUUUGGACUGCGAACGAGCUUCGGUAACAUUCCAACAGUGGGUCCAGUUUUGUGGGGGGGGGGGGGAGGCACGUUGUGUGUUGGUGUCGUGGAAACCAAGCUCUACAUAUCUACGUGUUCCUGUUAACGUGCUUGAUGGGUGAAUCCAGUGUUCUGCAACGCACGAGCUUGAGCUGCCUGCACACGUUUGCCUUAAAAUGUGUUAUUGCUUUUUGUGUGUUUGCCAGUUGAAGUAUUUUUAUAUAUUGGAAAAAAAAAACAUAUUUGUUGAAGUCAUAAGAUUUGUCGAAUGAAGAAAAAAAUCUGAAAUAAAGGUUUGUCAUUGUCACUGUU